GGAACCACACCUCAGUAGGCUAGCAACUUAGAACAGAACUUCGUGAGUGAGAUAAAGCAUUGCUGCUGGAGUUUUUAAUGAGGAUAUCCUUGCUGCUUGAAGUGUGGCGGCCGGUUUGACAAAUAAACAACCGAGGUAAGAACAGAGGCUGUGAGACUCCUGAGACGCAUGCCAGAGGAGCUCAGCUGGAAGGAAGAGGACUGGAAGACCUGAGGUUUUUAGGAGGAUUGAGGGCUGGUUGAGGGACUGAUUUUCUGGACAAAGUGCAGAAAUUCCAGGACUUCAGCAAUUAAGGAAAAGGCAACAGGCUUGCCUCCCGCCACAUCUUCAGCUGCCUGCAGGGCGGCGAAAGGGAGCAAAGAGCUGAAUUGGAGGACAGCAGGGAUGAGCGAGUUCUGGCACAAGAUGAGCUGCUGUGUGGUGGCCAAACCCCCACCGAAGAAGAAGAGGAGGAAGAUUGAUCGUACCAUGAUCGGCGAGCCCAUGAACUUUGUCCACCUGACGCACAUUGGUUCUGGGGAGAUGGCAGAGGGAUUGUCCCCGUCGGGGCCGAUCCAGGAACAGAUGAGGUCAAAAGGACCAAGCGCAAAUGGCCGCAACAGCUUAUUAUAGCUGCCAAGGGGAAAUUAAGGACCAACCAGGAUCUUCUGACUCCUCUUCCACCCUUCUUCCAAAUCAGCCAUCCUGGGGGGGGACCAGACACCCCACAUGUAGCACUUAGCAUCCCCGGAAAUCGUGGCCCAUCCCCAGACCUGUGUCCUAGUCUAGUUUCUGCUUCUCCAACUGCUGUGAUCUGUUUGCUGCACCUCCAAAUAAGGAAUAUAUCUUCUACAGAAAUGUAUUCCAUCUCCUUGGGUCAAUCUGUUUCCAAUGGAGAAAGAGACGUGGUUUUGUUUUUUUAUUUUUGUGUUGCAAAGGAAAGUAUUUGGUGGUGUGCCAAACCAUGGACCUUUUGAAUUGUAUUUCAACGCUACCUGGAUUACAUGGGAGAUUUUCUGUGAUGGAGUGGCAUGUCCAAACACUGGCUCACUUGGAGGGGGGGGGAGAUAACUGCCAUGGACAGUUCUGCAUCUCUCCUGAUCUCACAUCCCAGAAAUGCACGUCACUUAAGGCAUGAAAUGAAUCUUCUGAAUGCUCCCUUUUCUGCCAACCAGCCAGGAUUAUUUACACUCUGCAACCUACCAAACAAAUGAGGAUGAUCCCUUAUAUGCCAUUCUCCGAGGUAUGUUUUUACACACAAGGGGUGCUGGCCAAGUGCUGUGUGAAUGUUUUUAUUACUUUUACAGAAUGGACAAUUUCAGAUUUUACAGACUUUCUUUCCAUGAUUGCAAAGAUCAUUCACAUUAGUCUGUCAAUGUUUGUUCAUUACUAUUACUUUUGUGAUUGUUUCGUAUUGUUAAGAUGAGGACCUAUCUGAUAUCCUGCUUCUGAAAAGUGGGGGUUAAUUCAAUCUACAGAAUACCAAAGAUUUUUUUUUUUUCUACUCUUGUCUAUUUGAAGAUAUCAACUGGGCAUCAUCUGAGCAAGUAUAGCUAUAGUCUGCUUAAAGACUAUGACUACACUAUAAAAACACACUAGUGAUUUAAUUUCCUAUGCACCAAAGUGCCAUUCUAUCAUAGCAUUAUCUUUACUUGCUUAGGUGUACAGCAUGCUGUAAUCAUAACUGAACCCCAAUAUGUAACCACCUGAGGGUUCUUUGUUGCUGUUUAGUGGAAUUAAUUUAUUUAUGUCACCUUAGUUUUUACUUUACACUGGAUAGCACUGCCAUUUUGUUCUUAACAAAGCCAUUUCAUGGCCCGAUGUUCCAUCUGAGGUUCAACUGGAACUUUCUUGUUAUUACACAGACUUCCUUGUGCCUCUAGAUUGCCAGACGGAUUGGCUUUGACCUAGUUUUUUUUUUGUUGUUUUUUUUUUGUUCUACAUGUGAAAAUCACAGGGUGUGAAUCCUAUUUUCAGUGGUUUCUUUUAGCCCACUCCUUCCUCAAAUGUUUAGUUUGUGCACAGGGUUUGAAGUAUGCACCUACUUCCAUUGAGUGAGAGCCCAUGAAUGGCACAGAAUUUCCUCAAAUCCCAAAAAGAUUUUUCAGUUUAUUUAGUCUUUCAAAAGUAUCAAAUUUAAAUAUCCUGAUUUCUGUGAUCCCAUUUGAAACUAAGAUUGGGUUUUGCAAUUUUUUAGUCUGGUAAUGCCAAAGAUUUUAUGCCUGAGUCUAGGAGUCAUUUUAAAUGGCAAGAAUGGAUGCUGAAAUUAUUUUUAUGAUAUCCAUAUUUUAAGCACUUGGGAGAUUUUAAUAAGAAACUGAAAGUCAUUUGCUUUUCAGGACCUUAAAAUCCCGCGCAAAUGCCAAAAUUAGUCAUUUUAAAGGAUGAAGGGCUGCUUUUGGAACAAGAACCCAAAACAAGUACAGUAAACUGCUUUGGUUUAGGAGAAAUGGUGCACCAUGUUGUCACAUGCAGCAAACUGAGCUAUUUUAAAUUAAAUUUGUGAGGAAUUCCUCUGAUUAAAUUCUCUUACUGAGCUGCUUGUGAAAACCUGAUGAAUGAGGGAAUCACUGCUGGCCUAGAGGAUAAGCACAGGCAAGGGUUUUCAAAACAAGAGACGGGUGUUGUACACUGGACUGUUCCAUUAGUGCUUAAAGCUUUGGUUUCCUGUGUACAUCAAGGAAUCUGUGUCAUGCCUCAACAGUUUUGGCAGGGAUGUAAAAGCAUUGAACCCCCCCCCCCCCCCACAGUGAGGUCUUUAGCAGAGCACACAUUUGCAUACUAUAGGAACUAGAGCAGUUCUGUUUCCCAUUACUCAUGGUUAUCGGUGCAUAUCUAGAUGAUCAGCUUUCUGCAUAAUGGGUUAUUGAACUCUGUGACAGAUGUACAAUUUUAUAAUUUUGUGUCAUUACUUGAUAAAACCAGAGAUGCAACAAUGAUUAUGCUGUGUCCACUGGAUAACUGAUCAUUUGUAAGUCUCUAUAAUAUUUUUAAAAUUAUUUUGAAACUGAAUUUCUUUUAUCUAUAUAUAUUUUUUUUUUCCAAGUAUGUUUUCCGACAGAAUGCUAGAAUCUUUUAAAAGUGGCUUUGCUGGGGGUUUUGUUUCCUUCAUUCGCAGCUGACUGAAUUACUGACAAUCACAUUACAUAAAGUGCACGGAGAUAUUUGUACUACAGCUUUACUGCCAUAUGUUCUUUAAAAGCACUCACCAGAGUGAUGCAUUGUAUAUUUCUGAUAAAGCCAAUGACAACUUUCAAGUGUCUGCUAAUGUGAUUAAUUUACCAUGAUUAACAGUUGGAUCAACUGCAAUUCAGUUCAACAAGGUUGACCCAUUUUCUGUCUUUGCGGUGCAGUCACUCGGAACGAUUGGCAGAUGUAGACCCAUCAAUACAGCACGUGCAUGUUGAGGCUUUUGACUUGUAUGAAUGUGGAUUCAAAAUGCAACGUCUUUUUCUUUUCCUGUGGCCCUGAGCCCUCUGGGUUUUUGAGAAAUACAGUUGAUGUUUUAAGUA